UCAGGUGAAACCGGAAGUUGUUUGGAGGGAAUCCUCCCGACCUACAUCCGUCAGCUUCUUCCAGAAGUUUCUGCGCCGGCUUCUCUCUCCAGCGCAGCGGCAACUCAUCGCCAAGUACACUUUGUUCCUCACUUUUUUUUAUUCAGACAAAUCGGACUAAAUACACGGAGCCUUCUUACCCUCGGCUUGUGCGCUCAGAGAAGAAAGUUUUCCUCGGACUGUCACAGCCAUCAGGACUGUUUUAUUCCCCCCGUGUGUAUCUGUGUGUGUGUGUGUGUGCGUCUGUGUGUGUCCGUGGAGGUGACACCAGCUGCGGCGUGGAGAGGCGGAGGGGGGGGUGCAGAACACGCAUGACCCCCUGGAUGUCCGCGCUGACCGGGCUUUCAUAACGGAGGUGGGGAGGGAAGCGGAGCCGAACCCCGGCCACUGUGAUGGGUAAAGAUUACUACGAUGUGCUGGGAAUAGCCAGAGGAGCUUCCGACGAGGAGAUCAAAAAGGCGUACAGAAAGCAGGCUCUGCGCUUCCACCCGGACAAAAACAAGUCGCCCGGAGCCGAAGACAGAUUCAAGGAGGUUGCCGAAGCGUAUGAUGUCCUCAGCGACGCCAAGAAACGAGACAUUUACGACCGCUAUGGAGAAGAAGGAUUAAAGGGUUCAGGCGGCGGCGGGGAACACUGCGGCCCCACCUUCAACUACACCUUCAGCGGAGACCCCCAUGCCAUAUUCGCCGAGUUCUUCGGCGGCCGCGGCACGUUCGACCACUUCUUCUCCACGUCCAUCGACGGCGACGCGGACGACCCCUUCUCGGCGUUCGGCGGGAUGGGCGGCUUCCACAGGUCCUUCAAGGGCCACGCCGGCGGUCCCCACAGGGCGCACGAGAGGAGGCAGGACCCGCCCGUGGUGCACGAGCUGAAGGUGAGCCUCGAGGAGGUCUUCACCGGGUGCAUGAAGAAGAUGAAGAUCUCCCGCAAGAGACUCAACCCCGACGGCUGCACCGUGCGCAAAGAGGACAAGAUUUUAACCGUGAACAUCAAGCGCGGGUGGAAGGAGGGGACGAAAAUCACUUUUCCCAAGGAGGGCGACGAAACGCCAAGCAACAUUCCCGCCGACGUGGUGUUCGUGGUGAAGGACAAACCCCACCCCGUGUUCAGGAGAGACGGCUCAGAUAUAGUUUACCCUGCGAAGAUCUCCCUUCGAGAGGCGCUAUGCGGAUGCACGGUCAAGGCGCCCACUCUGGACGGCCGGACCAUCACCGUCACCUCCAGGGACGUCGUGAAGCCCGGCACGAAGAAGCGCAUCGCCGGCGAGGGGCUCCCUCUGUCCAAGUGUCCCGAGAAAAGAGGCGACAUGAUCUUGGACUUCUCGGUGAAGUUCCCCGACAAGCUGGGGGAAGGCACGCGAGACGCCCUCGAGCACAUCCUCCCCAUGUGACCGAAGACUCGCCGGGUCGACCCGCUAACAUUUCCUGCCUCGCCGUCGCGUUCCGGCCCUGGCCGACUCAGGCUCUGGUUUCAGCACCUGGACAGCGUUUUAUUUGAAGGAAGAAAAAAAGCAACCGUAGAAGCAACCGUUUUCAAAGUUUGCACGGCUAAUGGGGUUUUUUUGUGGGAGAGGAUUAUAUUCCCCCGCAGACGUUUAUGGGAGCGUGCGGCCGGCCACCUUAAUCGAACCUCAGGUGUGCCGACGCCUGCCUGAGCGUAGUUGUGUCUGGACAGAAGAAAUGUAUAUCUCCUGAUUUGUGUCGUAGUAAAAGUUCAGCGUUUCACCCCUCGAUCGUAAUAAUCCUGCGACGUCACAAAAUGCGGACGGCGACGGCACCGAAGGGAC